UCUAUAUAUACUUGUCUUUUCCUACUUAUAGCAUCUUAUCAUUUUUCUCUCUCUCUCUCUCUCUCAACAAAAAAAGUCAGCGCCUUCUUUUGCCCCUCUCUCAGCAGGGCACACGCCAGACAUUUUCAGACUUUGUCUCUCCGGUUAUGGAAGCCGAUUGGGAUCUCCACGCCGUCGUCAGAGGCUGCACCACCACCACUUCCUCCGCCGCCACAACCACCACUUACUCCUCCUCUGUUUCUUCCUCUGGCUUUGGUGCUUGUAACCCACCUUCAACUUCAAGCAGUUUUUUCUCUGUUUACAACCCUGCUGAACAAGGAGGCCAUGUUUUGUCUCUUUCAGAGAACCCCUUUGAAGCAAGGAGUUCCAAUUCCAUUGAAGGGCUUCACGAGCUUUGCAAGCCUUUCUUCCUCAAACCACAGCCUCAGACUCUUCAAACCUCUUCUCCACUCUCUUCCUUUUCUUAUUCUUCCACACCCAAAUCACCUCACAAACAGCAAGAACAAAAGCAGUCUCAGCCUCAGUUUCACCAUGCCGGUUCUGCCACCACGCCACGAUCCAAAAGAAGGAAGAAUCAGCUUAAGAAGGUUUGUCAAGUGGCAGCUGAAAAUCUCUCAUCAGACAUAUGGGCUUGGAGGAAAUAUGGCCAGAAACCCAUCAAAGGCUCACCAUAUCCAAGGGGAUACUACAGAUGUAGCAGCUCAAAAGGGUGUUUAGCUAGGAAACAAGUGGAGAGGAACAGAUCCGACCCAGCAAUGUUCAUAGUCACAUACACUGGUGAACACAACCACCCUGCUCCUACUCAUAAAAACUCUCUUGCCGGCUCCACGCGCCACAAACCUCAAACUGCCACUGCCGAAGACGCCGCCACCAUAAAACCGGCUUCUCCUUCCACCUCAGGGAUGGAAGAAGAGGUGGCACAGCACAGUGCAAAGUCAGAGAGCACAGAAGAAGAAGACAUGGAAGAUCUCAUGAAAAAUGAUGAGGAAUUACCAAACGAAUUUGGCUUAACAGAAACGGUGGUAUCAGAUGAUUUCUUUGAAGGAUUAGAGGAACUGACAGGGUCUGCCACUGACCCGUUUACAGCCAUUAGUAGCAACAUUGAUCGGUGGCCACUGGCCAAUAAUUCUGCCACUGCCGCUGGUGGUAGCUGAGUCAUGCUUUUCAUUGCAGAAAAUAGGAACUUUUUUUUUUCCUUUGGAGGGUAGAGGAACUGGUUGGUGCAUUUUGGAGGAAUCUUAACUAACAAUGUUUUUGUGAAGGGUAAGAAAAGUUCUUCCCAAAGUGUAUAGUGAAAAGUGUAGAUUAGCCACAUUUAUGAAAUUUGUCAAAGUUAGUGACUGUUAGCAAUACCUCUGUUAAUGUGAAAUCAAUUCGUUUCAACUUUCAACAGCUUUUUUUUUUUUGGUAUCCAUGUAAUUUGAUUAAGUUGGUUUGAUUUUAUAAUUGGUUGUGAUAACUUUGCUAGCACUUUUGCAUUGACUUUUUCUGCAAA